GGUUGCAUUUUCAGAACGGUUCAAUGCAUGCAGACCGGGAUAGACACAGUUCUUUAACAAUGUGGCUUACAUUUGUUUUACUCUUGUUUGCCUCUCCCAUCAUGAUAAUCACAGGGUCAGAUUGGUGCUACCAGUCUGAAGAUGUGUGCAGUCACAAGUGCACCGGUCCAGAUGUAUGGGGAGCAGUUUCACGCUACUGCGGUGGGAGACAUCAAUCUCCGGUUAAUAUUGUAACAAGGAAAGUGCUGCCAGACGGACAACUCACUCCUUUUCACUUCAUUGGCUAUCAAGAAGCUUUUCAUGGUCGCCUCAUAAACAAUGGACACACAGUUCACCUGGAUUUACCCUCCAGAAUAAAGAUUAAAGGAGGGAACCUGGCUGUACCAUACAAAGCACUUCAAGUUCACCUGCAUUGGGGCAAUGAUGGAGGACCGGGGUCUGAACACACGAUUGAUGGAGAACAGUUUUCAAUGGAGAUGCAUAUUGUCCACAUAAAAGAAGAGUACAGCUCUGUAUCCCAGGCUUUAAGAGACCCCACAGGUGUGGCUGUUCUUGGGUUUUUCUUUCAGGAGUCUGAGUCUGCUAAUAAGAUAUUUGAUCCCCUUGUAAAUGCUCUGAAAUAUAUCACCCGAUCCAGCAACAGCACAACACUAGGGGGCAUGUCGCUGGAUAUGUUCAUUCUUCCUCAGAUUGAUAUGACUAAGUACUAUCGCUAUUACGGCUCCCUCACCACACCUAGCUGUGCUGAAGCUGUCAUCUGGAGCCUGUUUGAAAACCCCAUCCCUCUCAGCAGGAAGCAGCUCGCUGCAUUCUCCAAGCUUCAGUUUUCUAACGGGAGGCAGAUGGUCAAAACCUUCAGACCCGUCCAGCCUUUAAAUGGACGGCAGGUGUAUUACUCUGGAGGCCAUGUUGCUGUGGUCAGCACUGUGUUACUCAUCAUGUCUGUGAUGAUGUCCACUACACUCUCAGGAUGAAAGCUGUGUUUAGUGUGACUAUUAAAAAAAAACAUUCUGCAGUUUGUGGUUCUUAAUGAUUGUGAAUUAAAUGAAAUAUUGUGUGUUUUAUGUUUAAAGGUAAAUUCUGUUUGUGUGGAUCAGCGGUAUGAACUGUGCACAACUUUAUGUGAGAAGAGAGGACCUCAUUAAGACAGGGUUGUUUUAUUUUUUAGUUUAAACAAAAGCUACAUUUUUUAUAACUUGUAAAUUUAUUAUCUUAAAACCUCAUAAACCUAACUAAAACUUUACUUUUAAUCACCAUGUUGUAAAAAUGUAUGGGGACAAAAAGACGAUACUUUAUAGUAUUAUUUUGUUAUUUAGCCUCUGUGUCAUAUCUCACUGUUGUGUUUCCUGCACUCAUUUAAACUCCUUCUUACUCUCUCAUUCUCUUUGCAGUUAAUCAUCUCAAUAAUGCUACUGCAUUUUAAGGAGUCUUGUACUAAAAAUGAUCAGACUUUGUUGUAGCUGUUUCAGCACAGCUGUUCAUGUAAAUGAUCGAUAAAUAAAUACCUACAGAAUAAUUCAA